CAUAGCAUGCGUUUGUUGGAAUUUGGUGUAAACUGGGUACGUGCUGGGUACAACAAAAAAUAUAUUUUGUGAAAGGUAUUAUUGCAAUAUCCUAAGCAUAUAAAGAAAAACUUUAAUAUCUUCGAGGAUGGGCGUGGAUGUAGAAACUAUUUCACCUGGCAACGGUAGUACAUACCCCAAAGCGGGUCAAACAGUGGUCGUACACUAUACGGGAACACUGCAGAAUGGCAAGAAAUUCGAUUCGUCUAGAGAUCGUGGUCAACCCUUUAAAUUUACCCUUGGUAAGGGCGAUGUCAUAAAGGGAUGGGAUCAGGGGAUUGCUAAGAUGUCUGUAGGUGAAAGAGCCACUCUGACAUGUUCACCUGACUUUGCUUAUGGAUCCAGAGGCCACCCUGGCGUCAUACCACCCAACGCUACACUUAUCUUUGAUGUGGAACUACUAAAAGUCGAAUAACUCUUGCCAUUUUAAUAUUUAAUGUUAUACUAAUGUUAGUUUCACAAAAUAUUAUUUCAAUGUUAACUAAACAGUAUUCUUAUUUUGGUUUGUGACUUAGUCUAUGGUAUAGUCUAUAAAUGUUGUCUAUGGUUCUGAUUUUUUAAUAAACUAAGGUUCAAAUGAGUACAAAUUACACAGCAACUGAGAUUAUUUAAAUGUCUAGAUUGCAUUAUAUUAUAGUGUUUUGCAUAAAAGUUUGGUUAAAUCAUUUAUAUGAUUUGAAGAUAGUUUUGUCCCCAUAGUAUAGUACUAUAAGUACUUAAAUGCAUAUAUAGAUAACUAGUUAGUGUUGUAAAAUGCUCAAAAGUGCUAUAUGUGUGCUCAUCACUGCUAAUUUAGUGAUGGUAAUACCAAAAUCUUACAUAAGUUCAGGAACUUAUAUUCAGACAUUAGUCUUUUUUGAGUUGGUUUAUUUUGAACACGAUGUCCAGACAUUUGAAUAACCUAAGUGCUGCAAGAAUAAAGUAUAAAAAGUAUUAUGAAUUCUGAGGUUUGGCCAAUUGGUAUGAAGAUAAAGUUCUAUUAAAUUAUCAAAAUUAUCUACUACUGACUGCUAUAAUUUUUUAUUGCAGAAAACCAUCAUAAACAGACUUGUUAUUUUUUAUUUUUUUUAUUAUUAAUUACAUAUAUACUAAAACUACCAUAGAUAAUGAUACUAUGUAUGAUUUAUCUGGAGGCAUUUAAUUUAUAUAGAAUCUCUUUUAUUUUAUUCCAUCUGAAAAAUAUGUGAGGAAUUUGGGAUGCAUAAGAUAAUACGAACUAAUACAAAUUGGUUCCUAAUAUUGUUAAAGCUUUGUACCUUACCAAUAUGUUAUAAUAAAAGUUUUUUAAUAAA